GCUACGCAAAUACGCUGCUUCGGAUUCGCAAAAAGACGGCGUAAGAUAGCGUGAGCGGCGAAAACCUCACGCUUAUUUAGCUCCCCACUAUGUAUAAAGUAAAAGGCUAGGGAAAAAGACGAAGGCGAGGGAGAGAGAGCUUUGGCUCUCUAAUGGCGAAUGGGUCGCGAGGGAGGAAGCGGGUCCACGCCCCUCGCCGAGCCCCCGAUGGAAGCGCCUUCAUCAAAUGCGAGCGAUGUGAUCGGGUUGUGGCGAUUGCUCUCUUGGACAUGCACGAGUGCGAGAGUAAUGCUGGAUUCGGUUUAAAAGGAAGAAGAGGUGGAAAAGAGGCGUUGAUGGUGGGUGCUCAAGAUCAACCAAGAUCACCGUUCUGCUGCUUCAUGGAAAGCUUUAGGAAGAAAUUCGGGAGUGAGAACUGGAUAGAGGUUGAUCGAAGAGGAUUUGAGACAUGGAAAAAUAUGACCCCGAAGGAGAGGCGUCCGUUUGCCAUUGAAGCAGAAGAGAUUAAUAAAGCAUAUGAAAAAAUGUUAUUGGAAGAGGUUGGCCAUAUGUCUGAGGCGGAUGAUGAAGCUGAUUCUCCCAAGGUUGGGGUUGGGGAAAAAAUUAUCUGGCUGCAGUUUUGUGAAAUUUCGUUCGAAUCCUCCGACGUCGAGUGGGACCAACUUCAGAACUUCGCGAGCUUUGACAGCGAUGAGUGGGACUAUUAAAUCUGGGACAGCUACACAGUUCUCUUUGAAGAUUUUGGGUGAUUUAGUUGCAAGAGGGAGCUUCUUAAUAUGAUGCUUGGUGGAUGGAUGUUGGUGUUGCUAUUUUUGAAAGGCAAGUCAUUUGGCUAUGUAAAAAAUAUACUUAUAGUAAGUAAGAAAAGUUCAUUUCGACGUUACGAUGUAAUGCUUGUGGACAUCUGAGCUUGAAUUAAGUACUCGAGAUAAUUACACACACUUUGCUCUUUUAGCAAUAGGAAGUGUAAUGGUAAUCAGAAGCAAAUGCUACUAUGGUGCAAAGAUGUUGAAUGGUGGGAAAGCUUUGGUACUUUUUUGUGUAAAUGUGGCAGCAUUUAUAGCAUGGUUUAAUUGAUGGGUACUUUUUUGUGUAAA